AUGAUAACAUUUCUGAAGUGCUCAAUUGAUAACAAAGCUGCGACUGUCCUUGACAAUUUCAUUGAAGCUACUCGCAAGUAUGGAUUGCCCUCUCGGCUGUGUUCGGAUCGUGGUGCAGAAAAUGUUGAAGUCACGCGGUAUAUGAAUGCAAAGAGAGGCUCCGACAGGUCGUCUCAUUUGACUAGCUCUUCUGUCCACAACCAAAGAAUUGAGCGGUUGCAUAGAGAUCCCACGCGAUGCUGCUUAUCUAAUUUCAUUUCUAUUUUUUAUCAUCUUGAAGAAGAAGGACAUUUAGACCCCUCCAAUGAAGUAGAUCUUUUCUGCUUGCAGUACGUUUUUUUGCCCAGGAUACAUAGGGCUCUCGAAGAAUUUCGAAUGGGGUGGAAUUUUCACUCACUUAGUACAGAAACCAAUCUGUCACCGUAUCAGAUGUGGAUAAAUGGUGUUAUUGCUGAUCGGUUUGCUGGUUUUACUGGCGUUUGUGACAUCCUCAAACCCGAUCCCAAUUCCUACAGUAUUGAUUUGCACAACCCCUUGCCUCUUCAUGAAGACACAGUUGAGGUGGAAGUGCCCGAGGUCAAUAAUCCGUUGACAGCCGAUGAAUUAGGUACAUUUAGAACCAUUGUGGAUCCCUUGGCCCAAAGUUCUGAAUAUGGUGUCGAUUUAUUUGUUAGGACUGCAUGUUAUGUUGCCAACUCGAUUAUGAAACAGUGA